AUGGGAAGCAUUAUGCCUUACGCAACAUUUUCCAGGCCUUUAAAGCGAAAGGCAGAUGAAAACUUGCCCGAAAAAUCCGAAACUCAACAAUACAAACGAAUUCGUGCUACAUACGAUUACGUUUAUGAGCAGAUGUUUCUCAAGGGCGAGAAUAGUGAUAUUACAAUCAUUGCGUUGGAGCGUGAGUGGCAUCUUCAUCGCAUCUUCUUGAAGCAUUCUCAGUACUUCUCAGCAUUGCUGGAAGGUGGAUGGAAAGAAAGCGAAGAGCAUAUUCUCAGGCUUAAACUAACCGAUGAAAACAUAACUGAGGAAGGACUGCAUGUUAUCUUCGGAUCUUUCUACAAUGACCAAGUUAAAAUCACCAAAAAUAACGUUGUAGGCGUGCUAGCUGCAGCAACUUGGUUUCAACUAGAUGAAAUUCGAGAUUAUUGUGAAGGGAUUUUGUGUAGAUUUAUAAAACUUAAUACUAUCUCUUCUCUUUAUGAUCUAUCUAUUAAAUAUCUUUUACCUAAACUUGAAAAUAUCUGUGUUUCUUGGUUGGCUACCAGAUUUUCACUUGUUCCUUGGUGUAAAUUAUCAUUUGAAGCGAAGAAAAAAUUCUCCAUUUCUUUAAUGCAAAGCGUCAUUGAACACCCGUAUUUUAUUGUUCUUCACUUCGAACAAGAUUUGUUUCGUGACCUUUUAUUGUGGGUCUACCUGCAUCUUCAUCCUGAGAUUUCCUAUUCCUGGCCACCUGUGGAUUUUCAUCGAGAAGUGUACGCAUUCUUUCAGCACAAAAAUUUCUUUGAGACACCUGAGGGCAGGCCCUACGCUGAUGUGUUCAAGCUCCUUAAAUGGGAAAACAUUCUUACAAGCCUUGACGCAACUAUGAAUGUCAUAUCUGAUCAAUUAAUACCUGAAGCCUGGAUCAACGAAACUUGUCGCUUCCUCUGGCUAAAACAAUUGAAGUGCGACAACCUCCACAUCCUUCGGCGUCAAACAACCUCACCUAGUGUCCAUAUUAUCUCUCCAAAUCGGCCUUUUGAACAGGACCAAUCACUCCGACCAGUGGACUCUCGAGGUAAUCGCCAGCCGAAUUCUCCCCAGACAGCACCAACUGGGGUUGGUGAUGAAUUUUGGAGAAAUUGCGAAAGGUUUGGGGCUAUCAUUGAACAGCAUCGUUCAUGGAGGUGGUCGGGUUAUGCUUUUGGUGUGGAUCUGGUGUUCAGCUAUCAAAGCAACAAAAUCACAGUGACCCGAUGUACCGAAGAGUCGGAGACAUGGGGCCUGAUUUCACCUCUUCCAACGGUUAAAGUGGAGGUUGAUGUCAGAGUGCUUUCGAAACCGGCUCUCUUCAAAAAUGACCACCCGGAGGACACCGUCUCCGACUCCCUUCAAGAAAUGUUGUUGGAAUGCAAAGACGAUCUCAAUGCCGGCGAUAGUGGUGAUGAUGAGAGUAUCGACGAGAUUAAAAAGCGACUUCAACUGACAGUUCUCUCCGCAAGGCAUGCAACCCUUCUAAUGAUCCCAAAUGCAAAGUACGAGUUGCUUCGAUUACCGAGGGAUAUCAUUUACCCUCUUGUGAUUUCUAUGGCAAUCCGUCGUUGA